CUUUUUCCCCCGGCUUACUAAAGGUGACCGUGCAGCCGCUCACUGCUGCUCAUUAUUUAACGUCUUCGAAGUGAGCGGCAGCCGGGAGACGCGCAUGCGGCAGAUCAGCUGUGCGUGCUGCAGGACGCUGAACGCGGGGAGAAUCCAUGUGCCGCCUCAUGCACCAACCUCAACUCCUCAAGUGAACUACCUAUAGGCUGUUUUUUUAUUCUUUCUUUUUUUAUCCUGGCUACAUUUUCUCACGCCAAUGACGCGUGGAUGUGGAUAAACCGCCGCGCAUGCGUUGCUGUUGGAAUCUUGCAGCCUAAGUUGCGUCCCUGAGGUGUUUGUGUGAAAGUGUUUGGCAGGAUGUGGACCGCUGUGGUGCGCGGGGUUUGGGGCUGGGGGGUCUGCUGCUGCUUUUCGCUGCUGGUGACAGUAGUGAGCGGGGCGCAGAGUGCAAACGAGCCCAGCAACAUGUCCUAUGUUAAAGCCACCGUGGACAAGCUGCUGAAGGGCUAUGACAUCCGUCUGCGGCCUGAUUUUGGAGGCGCCCCUGUGGAUGUCGGCAUGAGCAUAGACAUCGCCAGCAUUGACAUGGUGUCUGAAGUCAACAUGGACUACACCAUCACCAUGUACUUCCAGCAGUCGUGGAGAGACAAGCGGCUCUCCUACACCGGCAUUCCUCUCAAUCUAACCCUGGACAACCGGGUGGCGGACCAGCUGUGGGUCCCUGACACCUACUUCAUUAAUGACAAGAAGUCUUUUGUUCAUGGCGUGACAGUGAAGAACCGGAUGAUCAGACUGCAUCCUGAUGGAACUGUUCUCUACGGUCUCAGGAUCACUACAACAGCUGCCUGCAUGAUGGACCUGCGCAGAUACCCACUGGAUGAGCAGAACUGCACCUUGGAGAUUGAAAGCUAUGGAUACACCACUGACGACAUCGAGUUCUACUGGCAGGGAGGAAGCAACAUAGGCUCGGUCACUGGGGUGGAGAACAUCGAACUGCCCCAGUUUGACAUCAUAGACUACCAGACCCUCUCCAAGAAAGCUGUGUUUGCCACAGGCUCAUAUCCACGUCUGUCCCUGAGCUUUAAGCUGAAGAGGAACAUUGGCUAUUUCAUCCUGCAAACCUACAUGCCCUCCACCCUGAUCACCAUCCUGUCCUGGGUCUCCUUCUGGAUCAACUAUGAUGCCUCGGCUGCCAGAGUAGCUUUGGGUAUAACCACGGUGCUGACCAUGACCACCAUCAACACCCAUCUGAGGGAGACUCUACCCAAGAUUCCCUACGUCAAGGCCAUUGACAUUUACCUGAUGGGUUGCUUUGUCUUCGUCUUCCUGGCCUUGUUGGAGUACGCCUUUGUCAACUAUAUCUUCUUUGGGCGUGGUCCUCACCUGCAGAAAAAGGUGGCAGAGAAAGCUGCGAAGUCCAACAACGAGAAUAAGAGCCGACUGGAGAGCAACAAAGUCCAGGUCGACGCUCACGGCAACAUCCUCCUGACCAACCUCACCAGUGAGAUGAGUGGAGCAGAUAUGAUGGGUGUUCUCAACGACCCUCGGGCCACGAUGUUCUCCUACGACAGCGCCAGCAUACAGUACCGCAAGCCCAUGACCAGCCGAGACCUGUACGGACGACCGGCCAUGGACCGGCCGAUGGGCCACAAGAAGGGCCGCUUGCGGAGGAGGGCCUCGCAGCUCAAAGUCAAGAUCCCCGACCUCACGGAUGUCAACGCCAUAGACAAGUGGUCUCGCGUUGUUUUCCCGAUCGCGUUCACCUUCUUCAACCUGGUCUACUGGCUUUACUACGUGCAUUAGGGUGGCAGGAGAGGAAGUUUGGGGUUGUACAGCGAGGAAAACCGUGGAGCAUUUGUAUAAAUUGUGUUUUGGAAUGAGAUGUAGAACUGGAUGUCUUUACAAUGUAAAUACAAUUUAAUAUAUAAUAUAUAAAUAUAUAUAUAUAUAACAGAGGUAUAAUUUAUUAAAAAUCCUAUCACUUUUCCUGUACUCAUCUGUACAAAAUAGAUAGAUGAAAAUAAUGGAAUUUAAGACACAGUAAAGACAUAGUAUCUCUAAGCAAAAACUUGCCAAAAAGACUUUUGAAAUUACAGGCAAUGAUCUUUCAUUUGUUCUAUCUCAUUUACUUACCUUCUGUUAUCUCACUUUUUGCAUGUGAAUGAAACACAACCUUUUUGUUUGCUAAGGUAAAAAAAAAAGAGACAAAGAAGCCCAGCGCAAAACAAGUAGGUGACUUGUAAGUGAAGCUCACCGAACUUAUUAACAGAAGACAUGUAGUCCAAUCCCAUCGUGAUAUAUAGUCCUUAUUUGGCGCUCAGUGCUCCGACUGAGGUUUUUUUUGUAGACUUGUGUUGAAAUCCUUCUCUGACAGUCAUAUGCAAGCUAUAAAAUGUGUCAAAUUGCUUUUUAUGAUGCGGGGGUUAUUUCUGACAGGUUUCUUUUCCUUAAAAAAAGGAAGCUUUGCAUGGCUCUCCGGAGCCAAUCUGUAUUAUAAUCAUUAUACUGUAUGCUUGCGAAACAAUCAUUGCAUUUAAGGUAAGUACAGGACAGAGGUUAAUUGGAACUCCAGUCAUUUCUCAAAAACAAAAUGUAUCUACGAUAUUCUCACAGCGUCUGUGAGCAUGUACAAUGUAAUUUUCUUUAAAAGAAAUCAGGUAAAGAAUGACCAAUGAUGUCACCAUGCUUUCAAAAUCACAUUAAAAAUGGCAAGCCCUGAUAAAACUCGCCGCUGGUGUUGAAACGCGUGGUGUAAGAAACAUCUUUAACGACAUUUGUGUGAGAUUUAAAAAACUAUUAGAAAGUAUUUAUAAAUUAUAAUACAUAACUUAUUGGGGUUAUAAUUUAACCGUAACCCUAAACACGAGGUCAAUUUUACUCUUGACUUUCUGUUUUUGAAUGGAUUGUCCGUUAUUUAUCAAGGCUUAUGAAUAGGGCCUAGGGAUGAGUUCUAAGACCAAGUUCUAGUUUGCUUCAUCUUCAGUCCUCGGACAGGACCAAAAUACACUUUUGAAAAAAACUAGUGGUGAGGUCAGUCAGAUUAGGCCAUUAAGAACAACAACUAGCACCCCAGUGAGUGAAUGCACCUGCCAGACAGUUGUACCUAUAAAUUGCAUCUAUAUUGGGCUUUCCCUCACCUUGCAAACCAUGAUGAGUGCCCAUGCAGGAAGUAGCGUGUCCUUACUAUAUAUAGUGAAAUGGAUAGUUAGAAUGGAGAGGUGAGGAACGUGAAUGGACGUGUACCAAGUCCAUGCACAAGACUGGAGUUUGUGUUCUGGUAAAUUGUAUAAGCUUCAGCAGAGCGCAGGUUUUCUGCAUGGGUGACCAGAAAAUGUGAAACCAAGAACUAUUAUUUGGGUUUGUUGUAUGACUUGAGCAUCUUUCCAAAUGGUUCUUGAAGAGUUCCUCUUAUUUGACAUGGAGGGGAGUAUGUUGAAAAUGCUCAUGAUGUUGUAAGCAAUUUGCUACCAUGUUAAGGUCUUCUAGUGCUUUGGGUUCUGGUAUCAACGUGUUAAUCUCUGCGUAUGUCAUAUCGGCCAAACCACUAUCAACUCACUCACACGCAUGCACAGCUGUUGAACCACCAAUAGAUCAUUUGAAACCAGAAUUUAUCAAACUAGACAGCACUUUUGUAGUCAUCCGCAGUGCAAAACUCACAUUACUGAGUCAACCCUGUCGUCCAGCUGUGAAAGGCACUGCAGGACAUCUAUACUUACAAAAAGAGAAGAGGAAGGAUUGUUGUUUUGGCAGAUAAACAAUGGUAAUGUACAAUACAGUUUGGCUCCUAAAGCAAAAGCACUUGAAUCACCAGGUAGAGUUUGUUGAGUAUGGUUACUAUUUCCUGGAAUACUGAUGUGUUCUUAGCCAUGAAACACUUUCAUCUGAUUACAAUUGACAGGAAAGGCAUCCUGUACGGUGAUACUGUAGCCUGAGACACAUUGUAAGUUUAUCUAAUUCCUCAUUCCGGUCGGAGUCACCUGAUAUACCCAACUUAUCUUGGUAGCCCUAUCUAAGGGAGUCUGUCUCUGCAAACAUCCUGUAUGAGGUUUCUUGGGGUUCUUCAUUGUUUCACUUUAAAGAAGCUGCAAAGCCCACAAACUACACAAGCUUAUUGAGCUUUGCAUUAGAAUUCAUAUGAGAAUCAAAAAGGGAUUAGAGUGGCUGGUUUUGGUAGAGACCAAUAGUAAAGGCAGUUUAACUUGGUUGUUGCAAGGUUUCUAUUUUUCUGGUCACUGAGUGAGUCAAUGGGCGGUGAUUGAUAGGUGACCUCUUAGGAAUUGUCUUAAUUGCGGGGAACUGUGACGACAACAAAAACUCAGAUGGGUCAGGAAACCCAAGCAAUCAGACGAUCAAGACAAGUGCAGACAAACCCAUUCUUAUCCAAAUGAUCUUAAUGUAACUUUACCUGAAAUAUUGGUCAAUUUGUGACAAAUUUGUACUCUUUGGAAACAUGUGUUUUUAAACCUGUCUUUAGCUAUGUUUCUACUUCCCCAGAUGGUAUCACUUUUAGAAAUUACAGCAUGACUACAACAAAUUAAGAAACGAAGAAGUAAUGAACAGAUUUUUAUGGGGUUUAAGUUAAGGACAAACUGGUGAUGUACAACAGAAACUUCAUGGUAAGGAGAAAUGUGGACUGCUUGUUUUAUCAGGGCUUAAAACAAAAAAAUUAUACAAAAGCUUCUACAGGACACAAUAGUAGCGGUGUGCUCUUUCCUCAUGGCUGAAUAUUGUGCCUUUACCAAGAAUCUCAAUAUUUUCACAGGGUUUAACUUAACUUCUAUCUAGUGAGUAGAAUUUAAAAACAAAUCAUCUUGUACUUUUUUUAGAUUAAGAAGAACAAGGAGAACCAAAAACAGAAGUGGACUCUUUUUCUGACGCUCUAACGUACGGUACCAUUAUCUAAGCGUAGAUUGUAGUAGUAAGACAUUCCAGCAUUACGAUGACAAUCUUUUGAAUUUAAUGCUGAAAAAAAAAUAUCUCCUGCGAGGCUGGUCUCCAUUAUGCCAGUGUUGCUGUUUCUACACCGAGCAGAGUGGACGGACAGGAGGUGGAAAAAAAAAAAACUGCUUUUCUUCUCAACAAAGGAUUCAAAGCAGAUGGACUCGUGUUUUUUCUGUGAAUGGACGAGCUAAUGGAAGCCAUGAACAACUGUUUUGCCUACAGGCUGCGGGGGGGCUGGACAUGUGCUGGACUCCUAUUGUGUAAAAUUACUGUACAAUUUUUCUCUCAUGCUCUUUAUGUGCUCUCAAGUGGAAUGAGGUGUGGGUGAGUUUGCUUGUGUGUGUCUUUCCAGCUUGUUUACAGGCAAACAUAAGACUGUGUGUGUAUGUGUGUGUGUGUGUGUGUGUGUGUGUGUGCGCGCGCGUGCGUGCGCGCACAUGCGUGUUUGCGUGCAUGUGUGAGUAUAAGUAUGGACAUAUGGAUGCGUAGGAGAGGAAGAAAACACGGAGUACAAAUUCUUUGUGUCAACUAAAGAAUUUAAAGAAUAAGGUUUAAAUAAAAUUGCU